AAAUAAUACAAUUCGAUUCUUGAUUUUUCAGUGCGUGUGUUAUUUACAAGUUUUAAAUUUUGAUAAUUUUUUUAGCCAAAAAACAAAGAAUAGAUAAAAAAUUAUGGCUGAAAUUGAAAAGAAUGAUUUGAUACCGAUUCAAAAUGAAAUCAUAAAAGAACAACAACAAGAAGAAGAUGGUGAUAUUGUUGAUGAACAAGAAGAAAUAGAAGAAAGUAAUUCAAAAGUAGAAUUUUCAUUUGGAACAUUUUGGAAUUGGUUUCUUCCAUCAUGUCUAGACGUUUGGUCUUCGCCUUCAUCAACGUCAUCGUCAUCGAAUCCAGAAAUGUUUAUUGCUUAUGGCGCCAAAUCAUUCCUAUUUUUAGCUGAUAUUAUUGUACAAAAAUCGAAAACGAAAAAAAAUUCAACAACAAACAACGAAAUGAAAAAAUGGAAAAUUCAUUAUAAAGAUAUUGUCAAUGUAUUCGGAACGAAAGCAAAAUCUCAACAUUCCGAUGUAUUUCGUUCGAAUAGUAGUUAUAUAACAACGGUUGUAUUUGAUAAAACAUUUUCAACAAUCAAACAUGGAUCAACAAAAAAUAUGAAUCAAAAAAUGUAUGCAACAAGUUGUGCAAUGAUUUUUCUUGGCAAUAGUGAUGGUAUCGGUGCCUUGUACGAUUGUUUUCGUCGUAUAACAUUAUUACAAAAUUUACCAUUCCUUUCGAUUAGUCGACAAUGUUGUAAAACUGUGAUACAGAAAAAAAUUCUUUCCGCUGCCUGGUUACAUUAUCGAAACGAAGGACCAGUUGUUUAUUAUUCACUUGAUACACAUAUUGUUGUUUGGAAAGUGAAAAAAAAUGAAGUAAAAAUUCUACAUGAUAAUGAACAAGAUUGUCAAAAUUCUCGUUUCAAUUCGGGACAACUUCAAAUCGCAUGUUUAGCAUCAUUACCAUCUGAAUGUUGUAUGUCAUCGGAUAAAAAUGAACAUAAAUUAGCUAUCGGUUAUAUGGGUGGUAAAAUUGUUAUAAUCGGUUUUGAUCCAAUAACCAGCCAACAAACAACAUCGUUAACAAUAUUUGCUGAAAAUGGUCAUAAUGAUGAUAUUUGUUCAUUAUCAUUUUCAUCAUAUUCAUUAUUAUCACAUCAAUCUUAUCGUCAAGGUUUGUUAUGUUCUGUAUCAAGAGAUUCAGUAUUAAAAGUUUGGAGUUGUUCAAAUCAAAAUGAAAUUGCCGAACAUCGUAUUCUAUCAAAUAAUUAUUAUGGUUCUAAUCAAAAAGGAAGCGGCGGUCAAACCAAUACUACAAAUUGGUUUACAGCUGGAUUUUUACCAAAAUCUUGUAUAAAAAAUUCAAAUGUUUCAUAUGAAAUUAUUUUAACAAAUAGUUCGGGUGAUUUAUUAACAUUUACAUUACCGGAAAAAGGAUUGAAUAGUAAAUUACGUAUUGGUAAAACACAACGAACAUUUCAAUCAAAAAUGAUGAUGAACAAUAAAAAUCAAUCAAUCAAUCAUACGUUUAUUAUAUUUUCAAUUGCAAUGGAUUUAGAACAUAAAAUUGCCAUUACAAAUUCAUUGGAUUAUAAACUUAUUCUAUGGAAUCUAUCAACCAGAACAUCGGAAACUGUUUUUCAUUCAUUUUCUAAUGGUGCAUUAGCUAUUGAUUGUUGUCAAACGGAUAAACGAAUUGCCAUUGCAUUCGGUAGUAAUGUAUUUGUUUUGGAUUUUAUUCGUGAAUCAUCAAUAUUAACUAAUAAUGAUGGUGGUGAUGAUGAUAAUAAUAUUAAUAUUAAUGAUGAUCAUCAUUAUGAUAUUCAUGUACAACGUUUACCAUUAUCAUCAAAAACAAGAUUUUUCAAUGUUAUUUGGAAUCGUAAAUAUUUUGAACGUCUUGGACGUUUAAUUAUUGGUACAUUGGAUGGUGAAAUUAUUCAUUAUGAUUUAAAUGGUAAAGAUAUUGUUUUUAAAUCAAAUAAAAUGAAUGCACGUGAUACAAGUAAAAUUUAUUCCAUUAUAUGGCUUGAUACAUUGUUGUUAGAACAAGAAGAAGAUACAAAUGAAAAAUCAUCAUCAUCAUCAUUACCGGUUGUAUUGACUUUACAUCAAAGUGGUAAAAUAAUGGUCAAUUAUUUAUCGAAUAAUAAUGCUAAAAUGCAAGAAAAUUUUGAUAAAUAUUUGGUUGAUGUACCGGAAAAUCAGAAAAUUAAACGUACAGCAUUAUUAACAAGUGAUGAUCAAAAAUAUUUAUUAAUGGGUAAUGAUGAUGGUACUGUUGAUGUAUUUCGUCGAAUUUCCGAACCAUCAAUAAUCGUUCGUAAAGCUUUUCAACAUUUAUAUCGAUUUCGUUCAUUUAAUCGUCCUUGUCUUUCAAUUGAAUAUUGUUCACGAACUAAUUAUUUAGCUAUUACUGCUUUACAUGAAAAUUAUAUUAAUUGUUAUCGACUUGAUGAUAUUGAUAAUGAUAAUUUAUCAUUUGAUUCAUCAUCAAAUUCUGGUGAUAAUAACAAUGAUGAAUCAAAACUUAUUGUUAAAACUGUACCGGUAAAAUGUCGUCUUCAAGGACAUGAAGAUCGUGUUUCAUUCACUUGUUGGUGUCCAUUCAAUCGAAUCGAUGAAAUUAAUGAUAAAAUUUUAUUAGCAUCAGCAAGUUAUGAUACUACAUGUAUUAUAUGGAAUGUUGCUAAACAAUGUCCAUUGAAACGUUUUUUUGGACAUAGAUCAUUAAUCUAUAGUAUAAAAUGGUGUCAUUUUGAUUCAGAUUUUCUAUUUUCCGGUGGUGAAGAUAAUUUCUUUUUCUGGAAUUGGACAAUUCAACCGAAUUUUUCAUCAAAUUUUUCAAUUAAACAUAAUGUAAAGUUAAAUUCUUUACGUUCAUUAUUGGAAAAUAAUAAUAAUAAUAAUGGUGAUGAUAAUGAAACAAACGAUGCUAAUGUACCAAGUGAAACAGCAGCAAUACCAAUUGAUUCAUCAAUAUCUUCAUUAACAUCGGAAAAUUCCAUAAUAAAAAAUCCGAUAACAAAUAAAACUUCAUUACCAAUAAAAGCUUUAUUUACUUUAAACAAUCAAAUUGAAAAUAAUUCAUCAAAAUAUGAACAUCUUGAAGAUAUAAAAUGGUUGAUAAAAUUGAAAACAGAUUCUGAAACUGUAGUAAUAAUACCAUCAAAUAAAUUGGAACGUAUUCUUUUAUAUGGCCAAUUUGAACAUAUUGAACGAUUAUUACAAAUGGAAAUAGAAAAUCAUAAAAAGAAUAAAAAUCUUGAAGCACAAUAUAUUUUAUCAUUAUUUUUAAAUGCAAGAUCAUUUGUGGAAAAAUUAUUGAAACAAAAUGAAUGUGAUCCAAUAUUGGCAAUGAUUGCUUCAAGUUAUUCUCGAAAACUUUAUGAAAAUUCAAUUCGAACUAUUCUUGGAGAAUCAUCAUCAUCUACAGAAUCAUCAAAUGAUUGUCGUAUUCCACAACAACAGAUUCAACUUAAUUCGAAAAUCAAAUGGACAAAUUAUAGUAAAGAAUUAUGUGCAUUAAUACGGAUAUGUUGUCUAAAUGAAUUUAAUGUUUCGAUUGAUAAUUUAUUGGCACAAAAUUUAUUUCGUGAAGCAAUCAUAUUAUCAGUAAUACAUUUAGCAUCGAAUACAUUUGUUAAUCAAUUAAUGUAUCGUUGGCAUGAAUAUCGUUUAAAACAGAAUAAUUAUGAAGGUGCAAUUAAAUGUUUAAUAUCAAGUGGACAUUCGAUUGAAGCAUUAGAAUUAUUAAAACAAAGACGUACACUUUGUACUGAAACUAGUGGUAAUUCUAUUCUUCGACAAUAUGAUGAAAUAAUUGAACUUUUAAAGAAAAAUAUUGAUGGAUGAUUGAUUGAUUGUGACAAAAAGCGGCUUGCAUAAUAUUUGUUUUAUGUUUCACGAGAAUUUCGUUCCAAAUUGAAUGUUUACUUGUGAAAUUUCUUGAUCCACGAUGAAUUU